CGAUGAGAUGAAAUCGUUAUUGGCAUUAUUAUCAACAACAGCGUAAUACAACUAACAUAACAUAGAAAUAAGCCUUACUCAUGUCGAUGCUGCAGUUUUUAACAGCAUUCAUUUAGAAUAUAUUUGAGUAGCUAAGAACACAUGUAAGGAAAUGUUUAUUUGAAUUUCCAUUUAUCAAGUCAAAUGACAAAUGUUGAUUUCUCUCAUCACCUUACGCCUUGAACUAGCCCACGAGGCUCCACAGUUGAAAUACUUUCAGACUUAUACUGCAAAGAGAGAUCCAGGUACAUCAAGAACAUACGCAUCUGUCGCUCGCUCAGGCGGGCACCAUCCGAGCCAGCCAAGCUCUUCGCACAUAGAAGGAGCUAAAGGAGACCGACGUCGGCACUUUUCAGGUCACCACAGUGAAUUUGAUAUCGUGCCGCACUGUGCAGACGAAGAAGAGUCGCUGGUUGUUGUGGAAGCGGAAAACAAGCAGUGUGAUAAUCUUCUGUGUCAGGGACAGCGAAGGCCAAGAGACAUUUCAAUAGAAUUUAUUGGAUCUGAUGUGUGGCAAGACCUCCUCAGGAUGAGUGCUGAGUCCGAAGACGUCGAUGUGGCAGAGGAGGAGGAGGGGAGGGAACUGGCUGCCAACUCUUCGGCAGCGAGCGAAAGGGAGGUGCAGCAAGUAUCGGUCAAGGUUCACCCCAGAACACACCCGUCAGCCAGGCAGCGAGAGAGCCGGUCUGAGCCAGAUGAUAGGCCCAGCAGCUCACACACUCCAUCGUCGUCAACGGCGACGCCCAGCGGUUCUGGAGCUACACGUCCGAAGAGUCACAGUCCCACAGGCAAGAUGCCGUCCACCAUCAACUUCUUCUGCGGAAACCCCAGCGUGGAGCUGACUAAGGGAAUACUGCACAUCUACAAGGACAGUCAGAUGACCACCUUGGACAAGGAUGUGACCCGCAGUGAGAUGCUGUGCAUGCUGGGAGUCCCGGCCUCCUACACCAUCCAUGACCUCAUCAACUUUGCCGCUCCCAUGGGAGAUUACGUCAAGUUCAUGCAAGUUCUCCGGGAUGCGUUUCCUAACCAAUAUCUGCUACUGAUCAAGUUUAGGGACCAGGCAUCCACAGAUGAGUUUUACUCCUACUUCAACAGUCGACCUUUCAACUCUAUAGAGCCUGACAUUUGUCACCUGGUCUAUGUGGUCAAGAUUGAGGUCACCAGUGACACUGAGUGUGGCAGUUUGCCGACCAUGGACCUCACAGAACUGCCUAACUGUCCAGUUUGCUUAGAGAGAAUGGAGGAGUCGGUGGACGGGAUCCUGACGGUGUUGUGCAACCACUCCUUCCACACGCACUGUCUGGCUCAGUGGGGGGACACAAGCUGCCCUGUGUGCCGCUACAUCCAGACCCCGGAGGCUGUCGCUGACCAGAGGUGUAUGCAGUGUGGCUCACACGAGAGUCUGUGGAUAUGUUUGAUCUGUGGCAACGUGGGCUGUGGGCGCUAUGUCGGACUUCACGCUUAUAAGCACUUCCAGGAUACGAACCACACGUACGCCAUGCAGCUGGGCACAAACCGAGUGUGGGACUACGCCGGGGACAACUACGUACACCGUUUGGCUCAGAACAAAUCGGACGGGAAACUGGUGCAGGUGGAUGAAGGAGGGAAUGAGCUGAGGGAGGAGAAACUGGACUCAAUCACCCUGGAGUACACGUACUUGCUGACCACCCAGCUAGAGUCUCAGCGUCUGUACUUCAUGGAGCAGAUCCAGGAGGCGGUCAAGGACGUGGAGGCAAAGCUGGAGGAAUCAACAGAAAGAUAUGAGCAGGAACGAGAGGAGCGAGAGAAGGCCGAAUGUAAGCUCGCUGAGUUGAAGAAGGAGAAGCAGACCCUGGACAAGAAGCUGACACAGCUACACACGCGCACUGAGAAGGUGAUGAGUGAGCUGCAGGAGGAGAGACAGAUGAACAAAUGUCUGAGGGAAAACCAGCAGCAGUGGCAGGUCAGAGUAGGAGCGCUGGAGAAACAGCUCAAGGAAAUCACGACGAAGAAAGAUCAGGAGGUAAAAGAUCUCCAAGAGCAGCUGCGCGACGUCAUGUUCUACCUGGAAGCCCAGCAGAAACUGGCCAACAGCCCAGGAGUGUCCAGGGAGGAGAUUCAGGAUGGUCAAGUCAUCGUCGGGGCUGCGGCUGCCUCAUCCAAAACUCCCAACGGGAGCACCAAGAAGUCACGGAAAAAGCCACAGAGGUGAAAGGUCAUUGGCUGGGUUGUGUGUGUGUGGUGGGGGCAGAGGGGGGGAUGGUAUUUAUCGUGACUUCCAGAAUCUGAAUUUAAACCUGUUUACUUGAAGGCUACAAAAGUACGUAUUGAUCGAUAAAUCUGUAGUUUAGAAUCAAAUUAUUAUCAGGCUGUGGCUUAAGUGGCUUUAGCAUAAGCUGAUCUUUAUUUUUUUGUUCCCUUGUUAUUUUGGAAGGGGGUUCCUGCACCAUAACAGCAACUGUCUCUUCUCUUUUUCCUUGAAUCCCAGCAAGUUGUGGUUUUCAGAUCGUUAAUUACGAUUUUUCUCAAAGUCUACAGGGUGGUAAUCAUCAGUCAACUUGUAAUUAUUAGUAUAAUUACAGUUGAGUUAAGGUACUUGUAGGCUUUUGUUAUUGAUGUGUACAUUCAUGUGUGUGUGUGUGUGUGUGAGAGAGAGAGGGCGAGAAAGAGAGAGAGAGAGAGCAUGUGUGUGUGUGUAUUGGUGUAUAUAUAUAUGUGUGUUUGAAAGAGAGUGAGAUAAUAUUUGUGUGUGUGUAUGUGUGCAUAGUUUUUCAGGGAAGUUGUUGAAUGAGAGAGAUUCUCCCUUUGCCCCUGUGAUGCGAAGGUUUUUGUGAAGUAUUCUCGGUGCUAUAAGAGCCACUUUGAGCUUCACUAUGUUGUGAUAUGACAGCUGUGCUCUGGUUUUGUUCACUGCACCUAUGUUUGACCAAAUACCAAAGAUUUGGCUUUUUCUCAGAAAAAUGUUUCAAUUUUGAAAAAAAGAAAUUUUUCUCCAAAUUCUAGAAAUUGGUCAUUUCUUGUCCGAAAGAUAUGUUGAUUAUUUUAAUAAAAUCAAUGUAACUUUAGGCAGUAGAUUCAGUAGAAAGUUCAUAACGUCAUUUGCUUUGAAAAAAUGGCAUAUUUGGAUUGAUAAUGAUUUUGACAUCUGCUGAAUAUCCUUUUUUUUUCUUCUAAUCUUAAAGAAGUAGUGAAAUGGUCUUUGAUGCACAACCUUUUGAUAACAGUAUUCGCAUGAAGAGGCUCUUUUUGUUUAAUAAAUUGAUCAGUGAUCAAAGUUUGUCCGUGUCAUAAGGCAUAAGAGACAAACCCAAGUAUUACUUCCCUUCUUCCAUGCGCAUUUUUUCGUUGUGCUUGUCAAUUGGCAUCUGUGGUGUAAUAGUUAGGGGUUUCACUGUGGUAAUCCUACGACAUGAGUUUGAUUCCUGUGAGAGAAGGAUUUUUUUUAUCAAGUAUAACAUCUGUUGCUGGAACAGAGCUGCUUGCCUCCGAAAAAAUCUAAAUAGUGUUGAUGAGAGUGUAAAAGAUGUACAAUUACAUGUAUUGCGGGGUAGCAGCUCAAGUGUAUCGUAACGCUUGGUUUUGGCGAAAAUCAUUUUAUGACAUUUUAAGGCAUUGGGAAGGUGUGCAUGCUUUAGUCUAAAUAAACCUCAGAUUCAUGCGAUUAUUUUGUGAGCAUACUCUUUAAGUUGAAAUUCCAGAUUUUGUUAUUAAAUAUAGUUGUGAAAAAUCUGGUUUUUUGCUCUUCCUGUAAGAUUUGGAAAACCAGAGUUACGAUAGUUGUGCUGCUACCCAGCGAUAUAUUUACAGUUAAUCAUGUUCAUCAGCUGAAAGGUGCUAGUGUUCACAGUAGAAAAUAUUGUGGAUGACAGUUUGUUCUUUGGAUUUCUCUUCAAUUUAUUUCUUAUUACUUUGGAUCAUGGGCAGUUGGAGGGCGCUCCUGAUACUGGCUAACUGGUAGGUCUUAAUUUAGUCCCAUUUCUUUCUCCUCUGUUGUUUUUGUCUAUAUAUCUUACUUUUUUCCUAACUCUGAAAGAGUCCCUUAAUUGUUUCCGUGUCCUUCUCAUUGCUCAAACAAAGAAACAAAACCAUAAUUUGGAUCAUACAAAAUUCUGGGAUCAUGUCUGAUGGUCAGUUGGAGCUGUAGUUUAUGUGUGUGGUUGGAGGCCCGUACCAUUGGAAGGUCCUGCUUCUUUUCUUCUCUUUUGUAUUUCUGACUGUCAGUCUUUUUCCUAGCCCUAUAUGUAAAUGAUGUUGUGGCGAUAUGCUUCUCAUUAUUCAAACUUGUCAUCAAAGAUGUCCAUUUUUUUUUUACUUGUGAAACGAACAUGGAAAUGUGAUAAAAAUAUUCCACUCACUUG